AAAAAAAAUAAUAGAAAAUUUGUGAAUUGCAUGAAUUUUCAUAAAAAAGACUCUAUGUAAGUUUCUUAAUGAAGUGGAAAUCAUCGAAAAGCGCAGAAAUACACAGGAAAAGGUCAGUAGAUGAUCUCAUUUCUUCAUCUCAAGAUGCUUUCAAUCAAGCGAUCUUAUUAACAUCAAUUAAACGAAGUCCAAGUCCAAAAAAGCAGCAACUACAUCAUAAGCGUGACAAAAGUGAUGUGUCGGCUAAUGAUAAUCUCGACUUGGACAUGCGUCAGUCAACGACAUCAAUGGCAACAACAGACACAAGUGCAUCACCAGAAACGAGUAAAUCGCAAGACGAUUUAAAGAGACCAAGUUCUACGCUAGCUGAAAAGGCUAAAAAGAAAAAUUGGUAUAAUGUAAUCUAUCCAUCCUACAAGUCCCGCUCAGAUGACUUUAAAAAGCUUUUCAGUAUUCCCGAGGAUGAACGUUUACUUGUCGAUUAUUCAUGUGCAAUUCAAAAGGACAUUUUGGUUCAUGGUCGUCUUUAUGUAUCUCAAAAUUAUGUGUGUUUUCAUGCAAAUAUUAUUGUGUACGAGACAAGAUUUGUGCUGAAAUGGAAAGAUGUGAAAUCAAUCAGCAAAGAAAAAGUUGCAAAAGUCAUUCCAAAUGCAAUUCUCCUCACAACUGAGGAUGAAAAGCAUUUUUUGACAUCAUUUACAUCACGCGAUAAAUCAUAUUUGAUGCUGUUUCGCAUAUGGCAGAAUGCAUUGAUGCAUAAGAGUUAUGAACGGCAAGAAUUAUGGCAAUGGGUUCAUACUUGCUACGGAGAUCAGCUUGGAUUAACAACGGAUGAUGAAGAUUAUAUAGAUCCAACGAAUUACGAGGAGCGCGAGAAUCAAACUUCAGCAGAUAGUGUUUCAGAAGAACCGGAAGUAAAAAUCUCAUCAUCGUCAUCCAACAAUAAGCUGACAAACGACGAACCUAUCAAGUCCAAAAAGGAAUUGAAAAAAUUAAAGAAAUCUUCCUCUUCAUCCUCAUUGUCAAAUAAACUUAUUGCCAAAGAAUUUUGUGAGAAAAAUUCGUCAAUUGAUGUACAAUCACAAAUUAUAAAUCCUGAAUUGUUGCCAACUGAUAUGUCAGAUAGUUCUAGUGAUUCGGAAGCAGCUAGUAAAAUGGAUAAUUUUAUAAAUGAUGCCGAAUGUAAUUCAAUGCACGAAGGAAGACAGCUUGUGCACACCAUACUGCCUCUUAACAUUGAGACAGUCUUUAGCCUGUUAUUUGACAAAUCCAAAUUCUUCUCUGAAUUCCAUAAAAUGAGAAGAACUACAAAUUUAGUUCAAGGUGAAUGGGAAACACAAGAAGAUGGCACUAAGAAGAGAAUUCAGACAUUAACAGUGGCUAUUACUCAAGUAAUCGGUCCAAAACAAUCACACGUGACAGAAACACAAAUUAUGAGGCCGUGUAGUAAGCAAGGAUUGAUGUAUUCAAUUGAUGCUACUUCAGAAAAUGCAGGCAUACCGUAUGCCGACUCGUUCUAUGUCUUGCUACAUUAUUGUAUGAAACGAACGUUUGAUGAUGCCACUGUCAUGUCUGUUCAUGCUCAAAUAAAAUAUAAAAAGUCUGUGUGGGGAGUUGUUAAAGGCUUUAUCGAAAAAAACACAUGGAUAGGAUUAGAGGAUUUCUAUGAUUCUUUAUCGCAAGCAUUAAUGCAGGAAUAUAAUAUGCCAAAAGCUAAGGCAAAACGAAGAACAAGAAAGAGUAUAAGUCACACGAAUCAAAUACUGCCAAAUAGUAACAUUCAAACAUCACUUCCAAUUAAACAAAUUAGUAAAGACGAUACACAAUUAAUAGCACGACAAACUGGACGUGUACAUGACAAUAGUCAAAUUGAUAGUAUAAAGGAACCUAUUAAAAACAUUAAUAAGCGACAAGAGAGGCUCUCGUGGAUCGUGAUAUUUCUUUUAGUAACUCUAAUUUCCUUCAAUGUGAUACUUUAUGUUAAAUUAUGGCGAAUUGAUGAUAGCGACACAUCGGAAAUUAUCGGGUGCGUGCUAAAUGUUGUGUUUACUUUUAAUCUUAUUAUUAAAGCUAAACCAUGGGAUUUAAUUAUAUAUUUAUUCACAUCCAGUCAAUCAUCACCACCGAGAAACACUGCUGAAUGGAUGAAACUAAUUAAGGUGCAGGAGAAGCUUCAUUUCACGGAAAUGCAAAAAUGGCAAGAAGUUAUUCAAUCUACAAUAGAAUUGUUAAAGAAGACUGAAAACUCUUUAUCGGAUUUACAAAACUUGAUUUUAAGUUAUCGCCAGAAAUCAAGCGACUAAUGCAUCACAUUGAGUUUUUCGUCAGUCACUACAAAUUAAAAAAAAAAACAUUAGUUUUAUUGCAUUAUCAUCAAUUAGACAACAAAUGACAAGUUGUACUUAUCACUGAGUGAGGAACGGAAGCUCAAAAGUUUUCCUAUUUAUUUCCAUUGAUUUUUUAAAUAAUUUAUUACUGUAUCUAUAAUAUGUUUGAAAGUGCUGGACAAUUUUUUGCAUACUAAUGUAACGUUUUCUUAUGAUUUAUGUCAAAUUAUUAUACUAUAAUUAGAUGAAAAAGUUGUUAAUAAAGUAUGAGGUAGAUGUGGAU